AGUCCAACCAGCCAGUGCGGUGCUCCCGCGCCUCGGGCGCCUGGGGAGGGGAGGGGUGCGGCUCGGGUCCUGGGCGUCCGCAGCCGGAGCCCGCCUCAGGUAACCGCGCCUCCCGCCCCCUCACCGGCGCUGCCACCGCCCUAUAAGUGGCCCGCCUCAGUCGCCGGGCGAUGGGGCGCAUUUGCCGUCUCCCGCCAUGGAGCCGGCUGAGAGGUUCCAGCUGGACGUGCUCGCCUACCUGCAGUGCGCCAUGGGCCUCCUGGGAUCCUUGGCGCUCGUGCUGGCGGACUCGGUCUACGGGCGCUACACGUCGCCGGGCCCCGACCUUCGAGUGCCGGCGCGGGCCGCCUGGGCGCUGCAGGAGCUGCCCUCGCUGGCGGUGCCGCUCUGGGUUUGCGCACGCACGGCGGCCGAGCGCCUCCGCCGCGCGCCCAACCGCAUCCUCCUGGCCAUGUUCCUCGUCCACUACGCGCAACGGUCCUUGAUUUUCCCAUUCCUGAUCCGAGGAGGAAAGCCGGUGCCCUUACUUACAUUUGUAUUGGCAUCCAUGUUCUGUGUCUAUAAUGGCUACUUGCAAAGCAGAUACUUGAGCCAGCACGCUGUGUAUGCUGACGACUGGGUCACGGAUCCCCGAUUUCUAGUAGGUUUCUGCUUGUGGUUAAUAGGCAUGCUGGUAAACAUCCAUUCAGACCAUAUCCUGAGGAAUCUCCGAAAGCCAGGGGAGACUGGAUAUAAGAUACCAAGGGGAGGCUUGUUUGAAUACGUGACAGCAGCCAACUACUUUGGGGAGGUGGUUGAGUGGUGUGGCUACGGCCUGGCCAGCUGGUCCAUCCAGGGCUGGGCCUUUGCUUUCUUCACCUUCUGCAUUUUACUCACCCGGGCCCAGCAGCAUCACCAGUCAUACCCGGCAUCAGCUAACCAAGUCCAAAACCACACAGACAUCCAGAGGAGAACCUGUUCUAGGGAAUCGUCAGGUACACGUCAGCGUCAUCAUUGGCGCCACCUGACUCUGAGUCCCUUCGAACGUUUGCUGCUGCAGCUGAUGGUCAACUGGAAGGUCAGGCAGGGGACUCGUGGUCUGGCCGGGAACAUGCCGUCCGCAGUGCGGAAGGCGGAGUGCCUGCGACCGGGCCCAGAGGCACGACACGUGUGGAGGAAGCCCGGCUUGGCCCUCCCAUGGCUCUGGCAUGCGAGCGCCCUGCACCCCUGCAGACCUGUGGUCGCUGUCGAGUGCCCGGGCUCUGUGCACCCUUGAAAUCACAUUGUUUUCCAAGGUGUGGGGCCACAGCCUUUAUCAGAUCCCCCAAAGGGCCUGUGAUCUCCAUGACCGAUAUAAACUCAUAAAAACCAAUCCAAGGCUGUCAUAGCUGAAGUGCACUUAGGGAACCGCCCUCCCAGUCCAACGCAUGAAGGAACUGAGGCUCAGGGAACAAAGUCUCAGACUUCUCAGAAGAGAGAGAUCUCGGGCCGUCCCCUGAGGCCACAGUGAUCAUGGAAAUAGGGCACAGGUAGCUCACGCCGGUGCCCCCGUGGAUCGCUUGUGCUCCCCCCUGCCCCCUGAGCUAGAAAGGGCUCUGUCCCCCUUCCUUGGCUUCAUUCCCCCAAACACAUUUCAUGAAGAUCUCCAAUGCCCCUGAUGCUCUAGGAGGCAUGUGUAGACACAGAGCAUUGUCCCGACUCCACAGUGCCUGCCAUGUCUUGGGAACGGGGCAGAGAGAAGCCUCCAGAAGCAUGGACUGACGUCAUAGCAUAGUGGAGCGGGUGCAGAUUUUCUAGAGUCAGAAUCCAUAGGUUUCUUUGCAGCGCGUAUUUAAAGAUGCAGAUGGUUAUUUCCAGAGAUAACGAAGAGAAUGGGCAGAGCUGGAAGGUCUCUUUAGCUAAUAUUUGUUGACAUUAUGCCAAAAGCCUGACGGUUAUUGAGAUCCGAGGAGAAGCACCCUCCAGCCCUCCGUGUUUCGAGGUGCUCCACUGUGCUCCAGACAGUGGGGGAUCUGAGAGCCGGGACCGGUCUCUAUGCCAGAGUCGAGGAGGGGGACGGAGGUAGGAAAAGCUCACACCAAGGAAGGUUUGGGAAAGGGGUGACAGCAUCAAAGGUGACAGAAAAUGGAAUGAUUUGCUAUGAUGGAUUGAAUUAUGUGCUCUCCCCACCCCCCAGAAAAUAUGUUGUAGUCCUAACCCCACGAAUGACCUUAUUUGGCAACAGGGGUCAUCACAGAUGUAAUUAGUUAGGGCGAGGUCACCCUGGAGUGAGUGGGUCCCUGAUCCAGCGGGACCGCUGACUUCAUAAGAAGGGAAAUCGCACAGGUGCACACAAGGAAGAGAAGGCCACGUGAAGACACACACACACACACACACACACACACGAAGACAGCUGUGUGACGUGUGGAGGCAGAGUGCGGUGACGCUGUCACACACUCCUGAGGCUGCCAGAGGCUGCGAAAGGCAGACAGGAUCCUCCGUGAGAGCUUCGGAGACAGCACAGCCCUGCUGGCACCUCGUGGGGUCCUUUGUUACAGAAGCCCCAGGAAACCAAGACACCUGCCUUUCAGCCAUCCCAAAUCCACUGGGCCACAAGGAAAGAGAAAGGCAACGUGUGUGAGAGUUCUGGAGCGCUCCUGUCCUCCUCUGUCAGAUGACACCACGCCAGCCUGUCCCGGAGCCUCUCCUGGAGCUUGGAGCUCGUGCUGUCUUACAAGGCAUUUGCCAGGGCAUGAACAAAGAGAGAACAGUGACGACAACAACCAGUGAAUCUUGGCGCAGCCCAACACUCCUGUGUCCUCCUCCCUUCCCCCC